CAGGCAAAUCUCUCCUCACCCUUUUUUUCACUCUCAGUAUGGCCAGAGCCCUAGCAGGGCUGGACGGUUGCAAGCGCCCGAGAAGAUGCUGGCUGCGUCGCUCCAUCCGCUCCUGUGGCUGUUUGGCUGCGUCCUCCUCAGAGGUACUACAACCUCCUCAGAACCCUCUGACCACGCUGUAGCAGCUUGUGUUACAGGUCAGCCUCAAACAACAACACACAGCGCUGAACUAAAGAACCAUACCUCAGAGCCUUCAACUUCAGUAAAGUCAGCAACAACAGCUGGCUUGAAUCUCACCUCUUUGGACCUGACUACUACAAGCACACGCUCUACCACCUCUACGACAACACUAACGUCAUCUGUGCUGGAUGAAAAGUCUAAAGGAAGCAGAAACACAGUAGCCUCAUCAACUCAAGGUCAAGAGCCCAAGAGAAGCAAGAGUACUGCAACAUCAGCAACUCAAGGCACCUCUCAAACAGCCACCCCAAUGCCAGAGUCCUCCGGCUACCUGCCCAUGCCCACUCCUACGGAUGGUAAAUCACCGCUCACAGUGGCAGCUUUUGGUGUCAUCAGCUUCAUAAUCAUCCUGAUCGUGGUUGUGAUCAUCCUCGUCGCCGUGGUCAGCCUGCGGUUCAAGUGUAACCGUUUAAAGGACUCGGAAGAUAAGCAGAAGCCGGGGAGCAACAUGGUGUCAGAGAGCUGCUCUGCGGGCACAAGGGAGAAGGAUAACAGCAUCACUCUGAUCUCCAUGAAGAACAUCAACAUGAACAACAGCAUAAGUUACCCGCCAUCAGAAAAGGUGUUAUGAAGAAAAUGACCCAGAGCUAGAAGCUGACAUCUGACAACCAUCAGUGACCUGCCAGGUUCUUGUUGUCCUUUGGGGAAAGAGCAGCG